CCAUCGUUGUUUUCUUUCCUUGAUUGGCCGCGGAGAAGAGUUGCUUUUGGAACCGUUGGGUUCCAGGAGAAAUAGCUGUCCAAUACCGCCCUUUCAAGGGAAAAAAAAGAAGAGCUCUGGAGAACGAAAUGCUAACUGGUCGUGUGUGCUUAGUUGCCAUCGUCGUCGUCAUCACUAUUCUCUCUGACAUUUCUGAGCUCGCUUAAUCCACCUUGCAUUGAUCGCCUGCUUGACGUCAUCUCCGAUAUAUUCGAAACAACAUUGCCAGGGCUGAGACGGGAAAUAGCUUCUGCUGCUGCCCCUGCAUUCUCCUUUAUUGCACUACAAUAGAAGAGAUUCCCCCUACUGGUUCAGUGAUAAGGGACAAUAGCUCAGAGGACCCGGCGGCUUGUGCCAUCCAGGCUUGCCUUCCUCUUGUCUUAUCAAUUUGCCUUUCUUAUCUUCAUCUUUGGAUCAACUUGUAUCUAUCGCCUUCCACCAUGUCCACCGACCGAUCGAGCUCCCCCAUAUCCGUUCCCCCCGCCAACGCUAACCGCCGGCGCGGCUCCCUGUCGGCUUUCUCCGAGUUCUUAUCCAAACCUGCCAGCGCUGGUUAUAACGGCCCGUCAUCGACGCUGCCCAACACCAUGUCCAGCGCGGCCGCCAAUGCCCCGGCCGACCAGCGACGAAGGCUGUCGAUCACCACACUCGGUCUCUCCGGCUCCCCGACCCAGACCUCACCCUUCUCCAACACCCAGCCCUUCCGGCGCGGCAGCCUGUCGAGCUCCCUCGGCUCCAGUCCAGGGAACUACGAGGAAGCAGUGAUGGAAGAAGACCCAGAGAACUCGCCUCCCGGUGCCACGCCGCACUCGCCUUUUGCUCGACGGGUCUCCUUCGGCGCACAGGCCCUGCGCGAAGUCCGUGGGGGAAGCGUGGGUAAUGGUAGAUAUCCCCCGUCUCCGGGAACAUCCAGGACGAGGGCCCACCGGCCAUCCCAGCCACCAACACCACCUCCUUUCUCUUCUCCUUCAUCAGUCGUUGCAAGUACAUACAAAACCAUUCCUCAGAAUGAGAAAUCUAACCCGUCUUGGCGACAAAUAGGCGAGGGCUUCAACUGGUCUGAAGCCCUGCGGACGCGCGCCGAACGCGCCCCGUCUCUCGGGGCCGCCGGCUUCCCUAAUGCGCCGCCUCACAGCCAGCAGGCCGGCCACUACCACAACCACCAGCGUGCGGCCUCCAUCGCCUCGAUGGAGCAGCCCCUGCGUGAGAUGCCCAGGCAGCCAAAACAAAACAAGCCAGAUUUCUUCCAGGAGAAGAUCCUGCGUGGAGAUUUCAUGGACUAA